CCAAAACCAAUAACCGGCGAUCGGAAACCGGCGACGUAAGCUAUGAGCAGUACGGCAGGGAAGCUCGUGACUUCAAGAUCCGAGCUUGAUCUUGAUCACCCUAACAUCGAAGAUUACCUUCCUUCUGGUUCUUCCAUCAACGAGCCUCGCGGCAAGCUCAGCCUGCGUGAUUUGCUAGACAUCUCCCCAACGCUCACUGAAGCUGCUGGUGCCAUUGUUGAUGACUCGUUCACAAGAUGUUUCAAAUCGAAUCCUCCAGAACCUUGGAACUGGAACAUUUACUUAUUCCCACUAUGGUGCUUUGGUGUUGUUGUUAGAUACUGUAUUCUCUUUCCCUUGAGGUGCUUCACUUUAGCUUUUGGGUGGAUUAUUUUCCUUUCAUUGUUUAUCCCCGUAAAUGCUCUGCUGAAAGGUCAAGAUAGGUUGAGGAAAAAGAUAGAGAGGGUCUUGGUGGAAAUGAUAUGCAGCUUUUUUGUCGCCUCAUGGACCGGAGUUGUCAAAUACCACGGGCCACGGCCUAGCAUCCGUCCUAAGCAGGUCUAUGUUGCCAACCAUACUUCAAUGAUUGAUUUCAUCGUCUUGGAGCAGAUGACCGCAUUUUCUGUUAUAAUGCAGAAGCAUCCUGGCUGGGUUGGGCUUCUGCAAAGCACAAUAUUAGAGAGUGUAGGAUGUAUCUGGUUCAAUCGUUCAGAGGCAAAGGAUCGUGAAAUUGUAGCAAAAAAGUUAAGGGACCAUGUCCAAGGAGUUGACAAUAAUCCUCUUCUCAUAUUUCCCGAGGGGACAUGUGUAAAUAAUAAUUACACAGUGAUGUUUAAGAAGGGUGCUUUUGAAUUGGACUGCACUGUUUGUCCAGUUGCAAUUAAAUACAACAAGAUUUUUGUUGACGCCUUCUGGAAUAGCAGAAAACAAUCAUUUACUAUGCACUUGUUGCAACUCAUGACAUCAUGGGCUGUUGUGUGUGAAGUGUGGUACUUGGAACCCCAAACUAUAAGGCCUGGUGAAACAGGGAUUGAGUUUGCAGAGAGGGUCAGAGACAUGAUAUCUCUUCGGGCGGGUCUCAAAAAGGUCCCUUGGGAUGGAUACUUGAAGUAUUCGAGACCAAGCUCCAAGCAUAGUGAACGCAAGCAACAGAGUUUCGCAGAGUCGAUCCUGGCUAGAUUGGAAGAGAAGUGAAUGUAAAGAUGAAGUUAUAUUUAUGUCAUGUGGUGUUUUCAUUUUUUCCGUUAGAGAUACUCAUGCCAUGUUCUCUAUAUGUUUCUCAAUACAAUACAUUGUUGUGAAUGUCUCAAUAAACAAAACUCGCUUUU